AUGCCAUUGAAAGCAGAAACAACUCUAAAAUUUAUUUCAGUUCCCCAACAAGCAGUGCAAUCCUCCGCCUAUGAUGGAUUUGAGCCCCCGCUUCCAGAAUCGAGAGAAUGCCAAGCCGUAGAAACCCUUCUCACAACCAUAAAUGGGACAGCAACAUACAACGACUUACAUUUUACAAAUUUUUUGCUAGAGGACUUUACCAUAUACAAUGGCGAAAUACCAACCUCAAAUCGAUAUGGGAUGGUCGGACUGCAGGAUAUUUCCUUAAAAGGCUCGACAGCCAUCUUUCUUUUCGAUGGAAUUGUGAAGCCAGAUGGUGUCAAUGGACUAGCAUUCUAUCUUAAGCGGGUACCAUUCAGAACUGUCUCCAUUGGCGGCUUUGAAGACCUUGAACUUCACGCCGUUGGCAAUGAUUUGUGGAUCCAAUCAUGUUAUUGUCGAGAUAGGGGUGCCGUAUGGUAUCGCCUUGGCAAGCCUUCAAGGGAGUAUCAGCCGUAUCAUGACCUAUUUCUUUGGGUCGCCAAUCUUGCAAAGCAUUUUGUCGAUUACCUUCAGCACAAUGAUAAUGUGACCCUUUCCCAUUUCCAAAGGCGCUUUCGGGAUUGGCUGUGGGAUAGACAUGCUAUCGAUUUUGAAUUUGGGGUGUGGAUUAGAGAAAUUCAAACAACAGACUUUCGGCAGGCAAUCGUAGCUCAUGGUCCUUUCCUUUAUGGGCAAGCGAUAAGCCUUGAUGCUGUUUAUGGAACUCACCGGGUUUGGGGCGAGAUUGGACUUCUUUCACUUUCAAUUGUUCCCGAGCAGCCUGAAAAGAUGAAAAGUACGGUGGUUACUCCAUAUACAUAUAUGUGCUUUGAGAAAAUGCCUUGGGUGCAUCAUCUAAAAACUAUAACCCCUGACUCAAGGUGGACCGAAAGGCGCCGUCGCCUCCUUUACGAGAGGGGCUUUGUACCAACUAAGAAGAGAAUCAUUACUACACCUCCGUCUUCUCAGCCAGUAAUGCCCGGUGAUAUAGUUGCUAUUCGAAGGGAUGAUAUCUCUGCGUGGAAAGGCAAUGAUAUGCUUUGGUUCGCAUACGUGCAACAUAUUUCGAAUGAAAGGUAUAUUGGGUUGAUUUGGCUUUAUAGACCUACGGACACUGUAUGCGCAGAUUUGACAUACCCAUCUAAACAUGAACUUUUCCUAUCGGACCAUUGCAAUUGCGAGGAUAGCAAGGUGAAUGUCAGCGAGGUUAUCAAAAGAGUCUCUAUCACGUUAUUCUCUAAUAGACCAGAGAAUACGGAUUUUUACAUCAGACAAACUUACCACUCUAAUGAUGAAAGCUUCAGAACUCUCCGAGAAACAGAUUUUCAAUGCAAAUGCUCUAAGACACGAACAAAUUCCACAUCCUAUAAAGUUCAUAGGCAAAAGUAUAGUGUGGGUGAUACUGUUUUAGUCGAAACAUCUCAUCUACUAGAACCAGUUCUAAUCAUGGAGUUGAAUGACCAAGAGGUAAAAGUUCGUGAGCUUCUCCGCCGCUCCCGUGACUUUGGGGGGAAAUGUUGUCCAAAUGAGCUUGUAUUUACAGAACGUUUUCGAAAUGUUCAUGUUGAACAAAUUCAAAGACAUUGCCAUAUACGCUUUUUUUCUGAAUAUCAGAAAUCCAGCGGUACUAUACCGCCACCUUAUAGUCGGGAUGGUACUGGAAAUUUAUUUUAUAUCAUCUACAAAGACAGUCCUAAUGGUUUGCUGCCAAUGACCCCCCAAGAAAAUUUCCGGCUUGGCUUUGAUCCUCUUGAACAGAAAAAAAAAUUACGAGGUCUCAAUCUAUUUAGUGGAGGUGGAAGCUUUGACAGAGGUUUAGAGGAAGGAACGGCGGUUAAAAGUGAAUGGGCUGUUGAGUGGGGUCUACAUCAAAUGCUGACAUAUCGUGCAAAUCAUGGAGAUCCAGAAAGUUUGAAGCUUUUCCGUGGUUCUGUGAAUGACUAUUUAAGAAAGGGUCUUCGAGGGUCAACAUCUAGGCUUAUUGCACAGCCUGGUGAAGUUGAUUUCAUUUCUGGGGGUAGUCCAUGUCAGGGAUACUCUCUAGCAAACACCCAAAAACAAAGUGAAAGCUCAUUACGCAAUUGUUCCAUGAUUGCAUCUGUUGUUGCUUAUGUGGACUUCUAUCGCCCACAGUAUGCAAUACUGGAGAAUGUCCCUGCAAUGUCUAGCAAAACCCAUUUUAGAAACCCUCUAUCUCAGCUGAUAUGUGCAUUUGUUGGCAUGGGCUAUCAGCUUCGUUUGAUGCAGUUGGAUGCAUGGAGCUACGGUGCCCCCCAAAGCAGGUCCCGACUAUUUCUACUCAUAGCUGCUCCAGGUCUUAAGCUUCCCAAACACCCUCCCUUGACUCAUUCUCACCCUCAACGAACCACCUUACGAUCAUUGGGAGAGGCUCCUAACGGCUUACCGUUUGGCCAAAGACGCUGGGAUACUCCAGUGUAUGAUUUCGUUUCGGCUGAAACUGCAACUAAGGACCUUCCAAGCAUUGGAAGUGCUAGAAUUAUGUCCAUUCCGUUUCCCGACCAUCGACAGUCUGGUAGCGAUACCAGAAAUAUUAUUGAAAAAAUUCCAAAGUAUCCAAGAAUGAUGGGUGUGGGCCAAAGCUUUCUUCGCGGUUAUGUCGAUACGAUCCCCUAUUCUGAAAAUGCAAAAAUCAACAUUGCUACAAUGAGGGCCUGGAGCAGAAUAGAUCCAGAUCAUUUGAUGCCAACAAUCACAACCACUAUCACACCUCAUUGCAAAUUCACAGGCCGGUGGCUCCACUGGCAAGAAAACCGUCUGAUUACGGUUAUGGAGGCCCGGAGAGCCCAGGGCUAUCCAGAUGACGAAGUCAUCAUUGGCCGGCCUGCACAGCAAUGGCAAAUUGUGGGAAAUAGUGUCUCACGGCAUGUUGCUUUGGCGCUGGGUUUGUCAAUCAGAGAGGCCUGUCUCCAAAAUCCCCCAUCAAAAAAAAAUCUUGAAGAGAUGGAUACAAUCGAGUCGGUGGAGUUUGAAAUUCCACAGAAAAAGAGAAAACGGCGCUCCUCGGCUGUCAUGGUUGAAACAACAACCACUGUAACGACUAAAACAACAAGAACUACAAGAACCUAUUUACUUGAAGAGACCGCACCUAGCGCCGAAUGCCAAACGUCCCAUUUCAAGGAAUUGCCUUUCGAGGACCAACGCGAAGCCAGUUCUGGUUCGAGAUUGAAAUUUGCAAGUGUCACCGUACCUACUAUAUCUUCCUGCCUAUCUUCUUGCCCAGAAAAAACAAUUUCUAACAUUUCUGAUGACGAUAUAUUAUGUAUUCCCUGA